UUAGUUGUUAUGUUUUUGUAAUAUUACAGGACGGUCGCAGUACAAGGAGGGACCCCUAGACAAAAUGAUGAUAAGAGCUGUUCGCUGCAUUGCAUACGCGGUCACCAAGACCUGGGAUAAGGACCGAAAGCCUGUGCAGCACUGGCUUGACCGUGCUCAGGACAAAUUUGACGCUCAGUUGCUGCUGGACGUGAAGGUGACCUUGCGUGUCCUUCUGCUGUUCUGCACUUUCCCGCUCUACAAUACUCUUUACUACCACACCUCCACUGGUAUGAUAUUCCAGGCUAAACGUCUCGACGGCAUGGUGGGCAGCUAUAGGAUCCCGCCAGAAAUGUCUUCCACUGCCAUGUCACUGCUCGUUUUAGCUCUAAUUCCGCUCUUUGAUUUUGUGGGCUACCCCUUGUUGGCCCGCAUUGGCGUCCUCACCAAGACCACAUCCCGGAUGAUCGCAGGGAUGUGCUUCAUCAUCAUCGCCUUCCUGGUCUACGCACUGGUGAAUAUGAGUGUGGAACAGACUUUCAUUCCACCAGAGCAGGCGAGAAUCCACGUUUACAACGCACUGCCUUGCCAGAUGGUGGUGGAGGUGCCCUUCGUCAAGUCUGGUCAGCUGAGUGUGGAGAGCGGAGGCCAGGUGGUUCUGCCUAGCUUGACUGUCACAUAUGGUGAUGAGGUGGAGGCCAAGGUGAUAGCCUCCUGCCUCGCCCCAGACAUGAGGCAGGUGAGAGUGAGGGUGCUGGGUGCCCAUGAGACAACACUCCUUGUCACCUCUACUGGCGUGCUGGCUCUCCCUCCCACACUCGAGUACAUCAAGGACGAAGAUGCCGACACCAAAGUGCGGGUGUUGGUGCCUGCGCACAACGAGCUUAACGUGACACUCACGUACGACACCAUCCUCCACAACUUCCAACUCCUGGAGGGAAAGACGGAGUUCCAGCGCAUCAGUCCCCAGGAGUACAAGGUGAUGGUGGAAGAGGUGGAAGUUGGAGAGGCUGCAGUGUACCAGGACGGUGUGUACGACAUCGUCAUCACCACCACCGACGUCUUCCUCUUCCCCAUGACGGCCCCUGCAAACGUCCACAUGGUGUGGCUCCUUCCCCAGUACGUCCUCAUCACCAUCGGCGAGGUCCUCUUCUUAGUCUCUGGCAUGGACUUUGCUUACUCGCAGGCCCCGAUGGCCAUGAAGUCUUCACUGCAGGCAGCCAAUCUCUUCACAAUUACUGUCGGCUUGUGGCUCUUUGCAGGACUAACGAGCCUGAGCUCUGCCACGGGGGCCUUCAAGCACCGAGCCUCGCACGAAGCCAUCUUCUAUGCUUGUCUCAUGUCCGUCAACACCAUAAUUUUCUUCAUGUUGAUUAAGAGACACAACAAAAACUCGCCAGUAGACCCCGGAAAGGAGUCGAAGAUGACAAGUGAAGCCUGUGAGCGAGACCAACAACAAUUAGCUUCUUACGACAAUCCUGCUUUUGUCAUAGAACGGUCUGUAUAGCCAUAUUUCCUGUGACGACAGUCACAGCCGGAUUGUCCAAGUGUCUCGUAUGAAUAACGCAUUCACCAUGUUGUCCCCAUGGUGAAGUGGUAAGACACUCUCUUCGCGUUUCGUGAGCGCUUUGUCCUGGGAUCGUACCUGGCCGGGGAGGAUUUACUGGGCAUCAGUCCUUAACUGACGCCUCUGUUUACCCAACAGUAAA